UUCAAUCCCGGAGCGCCCCGGACAUGGCCGAGCCGAAGCUGCUCCCCCUUCGGCAGUUCUCGCGAGCUCGGGGGCGGCGGGCGGCUCUCGCCGCUCCCCGGCUCUGCCCUUCGAGCGCUGCCGGUGACGACACCUCCGUGCAAAACAGUCAUGGCUGCCCUGCGCAGGCUUCUCCCCUCGUUCGCCAGCAGCUCCGGCGCCGCCGGGACGUUCGCGGCGCGCGGGCAGCCGCCGUCCCCUCGCGCGGCCCAGGCGCUGAAAGUCGUCGCGGCCGGCGCGUGCGUCGGCGCCGCGGCCGGCGCCGCGUACUACUACUGCCGCCCGGUCGCCGGCGGACGCGCCGGAAGGAAGAGGCUCGACGCGCGACGUCUGUCGCUCGUGGCGCUGCCGUCGGUUUCCGCCACCGACAAGGCCAGGACCUACGGUCUGGAUGACGGAGAUGUGUAUAUGUCGUCCCAUGAAAACAGAUUCCGCCUGUUCAGCUCAAUGGAGUACGAGGGCCAACUCUACAUGACUCCGAUCAACUUCAUUGAAUCCGUCACUCUGAUCGAACCGAAGAGCAGGAGAGCGUUGAGGUCACUUUCUAAAAAGGAAUUAGACAAGAUGCUGGCCGAUACCCCGCCUGUUUGGAAAGGAUCGUCUAAUUUGUUCAGGAAUCUUCGGGAGCGAGGUGUCCUAAGUUACACAGAGUACCUCUUCCUGCUCUGCAUUUUAACAAAGCCCCAUGCAGGCUUCAGGAUUGCGUUCAACAUGUUCGAUGCGGAUGGGAACGAAAUGGUGGACAAAAGGGAGUUCUUGGCGCUGGAGGAAAUUUUCCGCAAGAAAAAGGACAGAAAAGAAGUCAGCGAAGACGUGCAAAGAUUGGACCAGCAGAUCCUGCAGCUUUACGGUCAACGCAAAUCCCAGCCGCACAGUGUUCUUAAAAAAGACAGUCAGCAUGUGGCGGCCCGCGGCAUGUGGGAUGUUCUCAGACGUGGCACAAGUCAAGCUCUGUUUUCUGAUCUCACCGAGAACGUGGACGAAAAGACGGAGACAACGCUGCUGGUGCAUUUCUUUGGUAAAAAAGGCAAAGCUGACUUGAAAUUUGAAGAUUUUUACAAGUUCAUGGACAACCUGCAGACAGAGGUGCUCGAGAUAGAGUUCCUCUCCUACUCCAAAGGCAUGCCCACCAUCAGCGAGGAAGACUUUGCCAGGAUCCUCCUCCGCUACACCAACGUGGACGACGUCAGCGGAUACCUGGAGAACCUGCGGCACAGCAUGCCGGACGAAAAGGGAAUCACCUUUGAGGAGUUCAGGUCCUUCUUCCAGUUCCUAAACAACCUGGAGGACUUUACCAUCGCCAUGCAGAUGUACAACUUUGCCAGUCGCUCCAUCGGUCAAGAGGAGUUUACCCGAGCUGUCUACGUGGCCACGGGGAUCAAGCUGACCCGCCACUUGGUCAACACGGUCUUCAAGAUCUUCGACGAGGAUCACGACGAUAAACUCAGCCAAAAGGAGUUCGUCGGCAUCAUGAAGGACCGGCUGCACCGCGGCAACAGGGGGGUCCGAGUGGAGGAGAAGUUCACCUCCUUCAAGUCCUGCCUGAAGAAGGAGCUUUCGGGCAAAUAGGUGAAGAGCCCGACUCCAGCGCAUGUCCCACAACCUGGACGAGCUCCGCCUCCUCCGUGCUCUCUCCCGCGACAAAAGGGUUCAUGCAUGUUACAGUGUCUUAUUGCUACGUUUUGUUUAGUUUUUAAAAAAAAAUAAUACAGGAUGUGGCUAAUGCAGGAUGUGGUCAACCUAAAGGAAAGCUCUCGGACGUGGUCAAGUGACCCGUUAUGAACCCACCGAGAAAAUCCAUUUAGCUCCUGCGCUGCAGGACACUAAAUUGCACUACUCGUGGAUGUCUGGCCACUUUUGCCUGUUCAAAAAACUAUUUAUUGAUUCAUCUACUUGUACUUAUAUUUAUCGGUUAAAGGUGGUUAACACUGAUUUCAUAUAUUUAUCUGAGUCUUAAACUGUGUCUUGUUACUGCUUUGCCGCUGUGCAUUGUGUGUUUUGGCUCUGCAGCCCCCCCUGCACAGAUCAUCUGAGGACAGCAGCCCCCCCCCCCCUCCAUCCUCCCCCUCCUCCUCCUCGCUCCUCCUCCCUCCCCGAAGCGCUGCAGCUCAAAUCUUCCAGGAUCCCCCAGAGCCGGCCGGCCCGAACGCUCGCACGCACUCCGUCCGUGGCUCUUUUUCACUGUUUAACUACAGGCAGCUAACAGUGUUAAUCAUUUCUUGGCAAGCAAACAGACAAGCUAUUUUUAUGCCCCUGGCAGGGAUGACCUCUUUAUGAAUAUGCAAAAAGAAAAAAGAAAUAUUAAAGCCAUAUGUUUGUUUCCACUCUUGGGACACUCAAGCUUAAAUUAGUGUUGGUUUUAGCGAGCGGUGGAUUUAAAACGACCUUCCCUUCAGGCGGCGCAAGGAAGAGUUUACACUUUCAUCUUCUUUACUUGUGCUGCUGUGGGUCACUGAGGAAUUCUUGAUGACUGUUGCGAUGUUUGCUUUGGGUGGAAUUAUGUAGUGGAAAUAGACUGGAGAUUCUCUCUCUAAUAUUAACCGGACUCGUGUAUUUGUUCAUUCUGACUGCUUUCCGUUUAGAAUAUUGAAUGUUCGGUUAAGUGAGUCUACCUCUCGAAGGAGUUUCGUCAACUCCUCUCCUUUCUUAGAAUUAGGGCCUCGGAAGCUACACUGAUGUUACAGAUGCAUUUUUAAUGACAUGGUGCAAUAAAUAAGAAACAAAACCA